AUGUCUCAACCCAUAGGCUCGAGAGCGCAGGCCCAGACUGCACCUACGCCGCAGAACACGCCCGCCAACAAUGCGCCCAUUUCUUCGCACGCGACCGCGCCCGGCUUGGGCAACAUCAACGAGGAGGACCUCGAUCGUGCCGCCGCGGCAUCCAUCUUCGCACAGAACCCUCGACUCGUCUCGAUGAUGCAGAACAAGCUUAGCAGCCUCGUAGGGCAGUCAUCGGGCUACGUCGAGUCUCUGCCCGCACCCGUCCGAAAGCGUGUGGCCGGCCUCAAGGGUGUUCAGAAGGAACACUCCAAGCUCGAGGCGCAGUUCCAGGAAGAGGUUCUAGCGCUGGAGAAGCGCUUCUUCGAGAAAUUCACCCCACUGUACGAGAAGCGCGCGAAGAUUGUCAAUGGCCACGCCGAGCCCACCGCCGCCGAGAUUGAGGCGGGUGAGGAAGACGAUGAGGAAGAUGACGAGGCCGAAGCCACCAAGGACGAGGCAGACAAGGACGCCGAGGGCGCCGCCGACCUCAAGGGAAUCCCAGAGUUCUGGCUCUCUGCCAUGAAGAACUCCUCUCUUGCCGAGACCAUCACCGACCGCGACGAGGAGGCACUCAAGAGCCUGAUUGACAUCCGCAUGGAGUACUUGGACCGCCCGGGCUUCCGCCUCAUCUUUGAAUUCGCCGACAACGACUUCUUCACCAACAAGCUCAUCACCAAGACCUACUUCUACCAAGAAGAGAACGGCUACGGUGGUGACUUUAUCUACGACCACGCCGAGGGCGACAAGAUUGACUGGAAGGCCGGUCAGGAUCUCACCGUCAAGGUCGAGAGCAAGAAGCAGCGCAACAAGAACACCRAGCAGACCCGUAUCGUCAAGAAGACCAUCCCCACACCAUCAUUCUUCGACUUCUUCAACCCCGCCUCACCGCCAGAGGAUGACGACGAGGACAUGGACGAGGACAUUGAGGCGAAGCUCGAGCUCGACUACCAAUUGGGCGAGGACAUCAAGGAGAAGCUCAUCCCACGCGCCAUUGACUGGUUCACCGGCGAGGCCCUUCAAUUCGAACAAGGCAUGAGUGACUUUGACGAGGACGAUUUCGAGGACGAGGACGACGAGGAUGAUGAUGACGAGCGGGAUGACGACGAGGAGGACGAGGAAGACGACGAGGAGGACGGCUCGAAACCCAAGCAGGAGACGGCCGAGUGCAAGCAAAGCUAA